AAACAAGUAACAAGACACGAUGAACGUUGAAUAUUUCCACCAAUAAAUGGCACUUUCAGCCAUCACAACCGCCGCCAUAACCACCAGUCGCCACUCCAUCUUAUCACAUUCACCAUCCGUAUCAAACCUCACACUCCUCAUAACAACACACCGUCUUCAUUAUCAUUAUCGCCACUCCAGAAAACUCAUUACAACAACAAUGGCAUCAUCUUCACCGGACCACAAGACCACUGCACCCUACGGCUCCUGGCACUCUCCGAUCACCUCCGACGUCGUUUCCGGAGCUUCCAAAGGCCUCGGAGGCACCGCCGUUGACUCUCACGGUCGCCUAUUUUGGCUUGAGUCACGUCCUACUGAAGCCGGACGAUCGGUUAUAGUUAAAGGGGAUAAAGACGAAAACAAAGAAGCUAUUGAUGUAACACCGAAAGAAUUCUCAGUCCGUACAGUUGCCCAAGAGUACGGUGGUGGUGCCUUUUCAAUUUCAGGAGACACUGUUGUUUUCUCGAAUUACAAAGAUCAAAGGCUUUACAAGCAAUCUACAGAUUCAAAAGAUUCAGCACCUGUGCCACUUACCCCUGAUUAUGGUGGACCUUUGGUGAGCUAUGCGGAUGGAGUUUUUGAUACAUCACUUAAUCGGUUUAUCACUGUUAUGGAAGACCGACGUGAAAGUAGCUUGGAUGCAAUCACAAGCAUCGCAUCGAUAGAACUUGGUGGUAACACUAUUCAAGAACCAAAAGUAUUAGUUGGUGGAAAUGAUUUUUAUGCAUUCCCGAGACUGGAUGCUUCUGGAAAAAAGCUGGCGUGGAUUGAAUGGAGCCAUCCGAACAUGCCAUGGGAUAAAUCACAACUCUGGGUCGGCUAUAUUUCCGAUACUGGAGAUGUGUAUAAACGUGUAUGUGUGGCAGGAGGUGAUUCUGCAAUAGUAGAAUCUCCAACCGAACCAAAAUGGUCUGAUGAAGGGGAAUUGUUCUUCAUCACUGACAGAAAAAGUGGAUUUUGGAAUCUUCACAGAUGGGUUGAAUCUGAUAAUACGGUGGCGCCAAUAUAUUCAUUAGAGGCUGAAUUUGCAAGACCAUUAUGGGUGUUUGGUAUGAACUCGUAUGAGAUUAUUAAGGAGCAAAAUAACUUAAUUGCUUGCACUUACAGGCAGAAAGGAAGGUCAUAUCUCGCAAUUGUGGACAAAAAUAAGAGCACAUUAUCCGUCCUUGAGAGUCCUUUCACAGAUUUAAUGAAUAUUACUUCAGGUGUAAAAUGUCUAUAUGUUGAAGGGGCAUCUGGAGUCCACCCGAUGUCAAUAGCUAAGGUGUCUUUAGAUGAGCAGGCAUCAAAAGUAAUUGAUUUCAAGAUUGUUUGGUCUUCUUCACCUACUAUUUCAGAAUACAAAUCAUACUUUAGCUCUCCAGAAUUUAUCGAGUUUCCAACCGAAGUCCCUGGUGAAGUGGCAUAUGCAUACUAUUAUCCACCAACGAAUCCCGUUUAUCAAGCCAGUCAAGAUGAAAAACCUCCAUUACUGUUAAAGAGUCAUGGAGGACCUACUGCCGAGACACGUGGAAUCUUAAAUCUUAAUAUACAGUUUUGGACUAGUCGUGGUUGGGCUUUCGUGGAUGUGAAUUAUGGUGGAAGUACCGGUUAUGGUAGAGCAUUUCGUGAAAGGCUAUUGAAGCGCUGGGGUAUGGUUGACGUUAACGAUUGUUGCAGUUGCGCUCAGUUCUUGGUGGAUAGUGGAAAGGCAGAUGGUGAAAGACUAUGCAUCACUGGUGGCUCUGCUGGCGGUUACACAACAUUGGCUGCACUUGCAUUCAAAAAAACUUUUAAGGCUGGAGCUUCUUUAUAUGGUGUAGCUGACCUGAAGUUGUUGAAAGAAGAAACUCACAAGUUUGAGUCCCGAUACAUGGAUAAUCUUGUUGGGGGUGAAAAAGAAUUCUUUGAGAGAUCACCUAUCAAUUUUGUUGAUCAAUUUUCUUGCCCUAUAAUCCUCUUUCAAGGCUUGGAAGACAAGGUUGUACCUCCUGAUCAAGCAAGAAAAAUUUAUCAAGCACUGAAAGCAAAAGGAUUGCCAGUUGCUUUAGUGGAGUAUGAAGGGGAGCAGCAUGGUUUUCGUAAGGCCGAAAACAUUAAAUUCACACUUGAACAACAAAUGGUGUUUUUCGCACGUUUAGUGGGACACUUUAAGGUUGCAGACGAAAUCGUUCCCAUCAAGAUUGAUAAUUUCGACUAAGAAGUAUGUAUUUUUAUAUCUUUUCGCACUUCACUAGCUUAGAGGUGACAUUUUUGGCCUAUUUUCCUAAAUUGGUUCAUGUUAUGUUUUUUUCUUUGGGUCAAACAAGCAAAGUCAAACUCUUGGCUAAAUGAAAACAUGUAUUUCAGAGUGAAAGUUAACCUUUUUGAACAAUAUUGUUAUGUAAUAAUAUUUACAGUAAAUGUUUUUUUUAAAGACUGGUUGGGCUGUGGAA